AUGAUUCUGUUUAUAUUUAACUUGUUUUUGGUGGCUUUUGUCUCUGCGAAAUGUUACGAGACUUCAUUUGCCCACCCGCCGCCCGAUUACCAUCCCGAUGAGCCAGUGCUGAAGACGACCUUCGCCCAUAUCAACGCGUUACUCACCAUCGCCGUGGCCGACCCCGAAUAUGCGUCGACGUCCUUCUCCGUUGAGAUCACCUCUCCAAAGCAGUCGCUAUGGUCUCAGCACCACACGGCCCGCGAGCGGAACACAUCACGUCCGGACAUCCCGGAGGUCAACGGUGACGCCCUGUAUCGAAUUGCAAGUAUUACCAAGUCGUUUACGGUGCUUGGAAUACUGCAGCAGCAUGCCGCGGGCAACCUGAGCUUAGACGACCCCGUCGACAAGUAUAUCGAGGAAUUGAGGGAGGAGCAGAAGGGUAGCAUACCGUGGCAGGAUAUUUCGCUGCGCUCUCUGGCCAGCCAGUUGAGCGGUAUCCCGCGCGAAUUCGCCCAGAGCGACCUCAUCAAUAUGCCGUCUUUCUUGCCCGCCACACCCGAGGAGCUCGGCCUCCCUCCUGUGUCUCGCGAUGGCUUGCUGAACUGCGAUGAAUAUUCGCCCAACCAUGAGACACCGUGCGAUGUGAAUGAUCUGCUCCGAACUAUCAAGGCGAAGGAACCACUCUUCGCGCCAAACCAGCAGUCGACGUACUCUAACGUCGCAUUCGAGCUCUUGGGCCUCGUCCUUGAGCGAGUCACGAAUCGGAGCUACGAAUCCUACAUCGACUAUGCCAUCUUCAAGCCUCUGGCAAUGACAAAGACUACCCUGUCGAAGCCACACGAUAGCGCCGGCGUCAUUCCAUUUGACCCGCAAUGGUGGGACGUGGAACUAGGCGUACAGAGCCCCACCGGUGGGAUAUACAGCUCGUCGAGUGACCUCUCUAAGUAUCUGCGGUACAUCUUAACCCACUACAACGGCAUCACUCAUGCGGCCAACUGGAUUCAUCCUGUGUCCCCAGGCAGAGGCCUACACUCUUUCUAUGGCAUGCCCUGGGAAAUCUUUUAUACUGACCGCGUACUCCUGAAUUCGAAGCGGACCGUGAGAUUCAUCACCAAAGGUGGCGGGCUCCCAGGUUACACGUCCGUGAUUAUGACCUUACCCGACUAUGAUCUCGGAAUUACCAUUCUCUUAGCUGGACCACCCGCCUUCUUCCAAAAGAUGCUUGAGAUUGUGACCGUUCAGGUGGUCCGCGCCGCCGAACAGCUUUCCAUUCAGCAGCUCCAGCGACGCUACGCAGGAACCUUUGUUUCGCCCGAUCCCAGCCUCAACUCCUCAAUGACCCUCGUGGCCGAUGACCGCGGGCUGGUUGUGGAAAGUUUCGUCUCAAACUCGUCGGAUGUUCUCAAUUUUGCCCUGCCUAAACUCAUGGGUGCGUCUCGGAACGGGUCCUGGUAUGCCCAGCUCGUUCCGACUUUGCUCUACCGUGACGAAAAGGCGCAGGAGGGGGAGCUUUGGCGCCUAGUCACUACCGCAGAACGAACUGAAAAGGAACAAGACAUUUGGGAUGAUGCUUGCCUCACUGAUAUGGAUUCGCUUUCGUACGCCGGUUUGCCUUUCAACGAGGCCGUGUUCUGGCGAGGUCGGACCGGACUGUUCGAUGAUAUACACCUCACCGCAUUUAGAGCGAAUUUGACUCGCAUAAUUAAGGACAGUGCGGACAGGUCGGACGACGAAGAACAAAGUGUCAUGGAGCUAUAG